AUGUUCAAACAAACUUGCUGCUGCAUCUGCGGUGUCUGUACACCCGGCGGCCCCUCCCAGUUCUCGCAGCAGCAGGAAAUGAAGCAGCAGCAGCACCAGCAGCACCGGCAGAACUGGCAGCAGCAGAUUAACCCCAACAAACUUGCUGCUGCAUCUGCGGUGUCUGUACACCCGGCGGCCCCUCCCAGUUCUCGCUGCAGCAGAUCAUCUCCUGCUGCUGCUGCUGCUGCUGCUGCUGCUACUGCAAAGAGCAGCAGGCUACCUGAUGCAGGCUCCACUCCCGCUGCAGCAGCAGCAGCAGCAGCAGCAGGAAAUGAAGCAGCAGCAGCACCAGCAGCACCGGCAGAACUGGCAGCAGCAGAAAUUUUCUUUUUAUUAACCCCAACAAACUUGCUGCUGCAUCUGCGGUGUCUGUACACCCGGCGGCCCCCCCCAGUUCUCGCUGCAGCAGAUCAUCUCCUGCUGCUGCUGUUGCUGCUGCUGCUGCUGCUGCUGCGAAGAGCAGCAGGCUACCUGAUGCAGGCUCCACUCCUGCUGCAGCAGCAGCAGCAGCAGCAGGAGAUGAAGCAGCAGCAGCACCAGCAGCACCGGCAGAACUGGCAGCAGCAGAUGCUGCGGCAGCGGAAGCAGCAGCAGCAGCAGCAGCAGCAGCAGCAGCAGCAGCAGCAGCAACAGCACCGCCAUCAGCAGAAGCACAGAGCCGCCUGCUGCACACCGAGGGGAGGGCCCUUCUGUCUCCUUUGUCUUUGUCUCCCUUUAGGGUCCCUAGAGAGCUGCUGCAGCAGCUGCGGCCCCCUGCUGCUGCUGCUUAGGGUCCCUAGAGAGCUGCUGCAGCAGCUGCGGCCCCCUGCUGCUGCUGCUGCUGCUGCUGCUGCAACAGAUGCUGCAGUGACGCCGUAUGUUGCUGCUGCAGCUUCUCACUUUGUAGACAAAGCAGCAGACACGGUGGUGCCGAAGACAGCAGCAACAGCAGCAGCAGCAGCAGCAGAAACAGCAGCAGCAACAACAGCAGCAAGAGAAGCAGCAUGGAGGGAGGCUCAAGAGGGAGGAACAGCUGAAGAUGUCGCCGCCGCUGCUGCUGCUGCUGCUGCUGCUGCUGCUGCUGCUGCUGCUGAGGGGACCCCACACAGCUACGAUCUGUGGGGCGACGUCAGCCGCAUGGUGUCGCAGCUAAUAGAAGAAGAGGAGGAGACAGCAGCAGCAGAGCAGCAGCAAAUCACUUUGUAG